AUUAUUCCUCAUGUCUCACCACUGUACCAAAAGGAAAAAAAAAUUAGAAGGAAGUGUCAUACCUGUUUUUCUAUAAUCAGAUAUCUCAAAAGGGUACACUGUAGUCACCCUUCUUUCAAGUUAAGAGAAGCCUUCUGAGCUCAAGUCAUUAAAUGACUUCAUCCAGCAACUGCUCCACUGCUCCAGUCUCAGAAUUCCUCCUCAUCUGCUUCCCUCACUACCAGAGUUGGCAACACUGGCUGUCCCUACCCCUCAGCCUCCUCUUCCUCUUGGCCAUGGGGGCCAACACCACCCUUCUGAUCACCAUCCGGUUGGAGGCAUCUCUGCAUGAGCCCAUGUACUACCUGCUCAGCCUCCUCUCCCUGCUGGACAUCGUGCUCUGCCUCACCGUCAUCCCCAAGGUCCUGGCCAUCUUCUGGUUUGACCUCAGGUCCAUCAGCUUCUCUGCCUGCUUCCUGCAGAUGUUCAUCAUGAACAGUUUCCUCCCCAUGGAGUCCUGCACAUUCAUGGUCAUGGCCUAUGACCGCUAUGUGGCCAUCUGCCACCCACUACGAUACUCAUCCAUCAUCACUAACCAAUUUGUGGCCAAAGCUAGUGUCUUCAUUGUCACAAGAAAUGCCCUUCUCACUGCACCCAUUCCUAUUCUGACUGCCCAACUCCGUUACUGUGGAAAAAAUGUCAUUGAGAACUGCAUCUGUGCCAAUCUGUCUGUGUCUAGGCUCUCCUGUGACAAUUUCACCCUGAACAGAAUCUACCAAUUUGUGGCUGGUUGGACCUUACUGGGCUCAGAUUUCAUUCUUAUCUUCCUCUCUUACACCUUCAUCCUAAGAACUGUGCUUAGAUUCAAGGCCGAGGGGGCUGCAGUCAAAGCCCUGAGCACAUGUGGCUCCCACUUCAUCCUCAUCCUAUUCUUCAGCACCAUCCUGCUGGUUGUGGUGUUGACAAAUGUGGCCAGGAAGAGGGUCCCCAUGGACAUCCUGAUCCUGCUCAAUGUCCUUCAUCACCUCAUACCCCCUGCCUUGAACCCUAUUGUAUAUGGAGUUAGGACCAAAGAGAUAAAACAGGGAAUUCAGAAAUUGCUCCAUAGAGCAAUGUGAAUAUGUAGAAAAAGUUUCAAAUUUCUUCCCCCCUCCUUCUCAGUAAUUUUUACCUAGUCAGCAAGGUAGAGAAAUGCCUGUGAGUGAGUAUUUAUUAAACAUAGGGAGGCUCACUUCAUCACUGACCCAGAUAAAUUCCUUUAUUCUCUUUGCCUGGUUCAGGUGAAGGCAGGCAAGAGGGAGAAACUCGUAUUUAUUGAGUAACUGCUUUGAGUCUUGGCAAUUAUAUUUAAGUAAUUUAAUCUUUACAACAUCCCUGAAGGAACCAUUACUUAUAGUUAACAUAGUGAGAAAAUGCUUUCAAGAGAGGUAACCAACAAAGAUCACAUAUCUGGAAAGCAACAGAGAUCAAAGGCCAGGCUAUGGAGUCCAGGCACUUUCUACAGAAAUGCUUCUUCAAGUACAGUUGAAGCUGGAGACCAGGCUUCCACCCUACUCUCCUUUGACCUGUGACUGUCCUUCUGGCUGUCCACAUGUAUUUCCCACCUAUACCUACCUCUUUGAGAGCCAGGGUAUUCUUAGAUAAGACAGAGUCUUACCCAACAAAGCAUCUGCAGGAUCUCAAGAGAAGGGUGUUUAUAAUAAUAUAAAGCAAUACCAGCUUUCUAUUCUAUCCUACAUAACCUUGUCACUUUCAGGGAGUCUUGAAAAUGAGGGUACAGGUGUAGAGAGAGGAUACCAAUGGGGUGGAGAAUGGAGAAACUGACCAGAACAGUGGGUUGGCCAUUUCCUCUUUAUGUUUGAGCUGCAAAUGCAGUGAACUGAAAGUGAAGUCUCAUUUGAUCUGCUUACUCUUCCCCACCUUCUAGCUGAAGGUGAAAAGGCAUGGCAAAGUGUCGGGUUUCUGGGUAACAGUGGGCAAGCCAGGAGAAAAUAUAAUGCAUCAUUAUUUUUAGAAAAUAGAAUGUAAUCAAUUGGUUAAAAGGGUAUUGGAGACUUGAAAUGACAAAAGGGGAUGAGGUAACAGGGACAGUAACUGUAGGAAGAACCUUACACUGGGAAGACAUUGGGUCUCUAGAACACAGAACCCAUUGAACUAACUGGGUGGCACUACUCUGAGGAUGAGUUCUGACUCUAAUUGGUACUCAUAUCACAGGAGCUCAGAGGAGGUGCUCUUAGAGUUAAGACAUCUGAGGAGAAGACUCUAUCCUACUUCUAUUGGUACAUCUGAGUGAGUUCAGUGAGGCUGAUUCCAUCCUGGGAGUUCUAAAACUCAAACCCAAACCCAAACCACACCCCAAACCUAUUCAGCUAACCAUGCAACCAACCAACCAGCAAAUCCCAGAGACCAGAAUCUACCCCACAGCCAGCACGAUGAGUCAUUGCCAAGGGAUACUGACAAGACAGGGACAGACAAGAAAGAACAAGUACCCCCUCAUGUGUUUCAACCUUCCAGUCUUUCUGUUGCUCUCUGUGGGUGCAGACUAAGAGGGAGUCAGCUGACAAAGAGUCCCUGAGUUGAGCCUGAGCAUCUCAAAGCAGAAUUUGAAUGGGAGGGUAUGGGGCUGGGAGACAGGAGUUAAUGACAGCACAGUUCCUCUUGGUUGAGUCUGAAAGCCUGUGACCACAUGAGGGACAGCUGUUAACAGCAUGCUGCAGUGCACACUGCCUCCCAGGGAACUGGAGACAGAGUCAAGUCCUCCAGUGCAAAUAGGUGAAGAGAUAUGACAUAAUGUCACAGGAGCAGCUUUCGUAACUAUGAAAGAAUUUAGCAUUAAGCUGGAAGCAGGAAUAGAGGUUGACUACCCCACACUAGCAAUUAGAGUAAUGGCAACUCACUGCUGGUGUGGCUCUAGGUUCUCCAAAGCCACACUCAAUAACAGCAGGAAAGAAAAUGACAAGCAUUUGCCUAUAAGAAGGAUCUCUUAAUACUCUUACAUGCUUGGGCUUUGCUCUCAUUUUCUCAAGCCA